AUGCGUCCCCUCUCAACAGCGGCCCUGCUCAUAGGCGCCCUCAUCCCCAGCUUCGUCUCCGCCGCCGCAUACCACUCCACGCCCACCGCCCACGCCGGAACAUGUGCCUGGAAGCACCUCGGCUGCUACAGCGACUCAUCGCGGCGGUUGCUGCGCGCAAAGAGCUUUGUGGAUGACCAUGGGAUGACGGUGGAGAAGUGCUUGGGCAAGUGUGAUGGGUUCGAGUACGCGAUGGUGGAGUAUGGGCAGGGAAACUUGUACCAGAAGACACACGCUACUUGCUCUGGCAACGGCAGCGGUGCGAGCUGUGCGGCGGUCACAGUGACAUCGGUGCGGGAGAGUGUGAAGACAGCGACUGUGACAGCAGUGGCAGUGACGAAAACGGUUACGCCGCCUGCGGUGACGAAGACUGUGACGGCGGUGGGCGGGGGGCGCGUGGUGACGGUUACGGUUACGGGGCCUGCGUCGACGGUUACGAAGCCUGCGGUCACAGUUACAAAGCCGGCUGUUACGGUCACUGGCUCGGCGGUGACGGUCACAAAGCCGGCAGUGACAGUGACAGAGGCGGUCACCGUUCCGGGCGCGCUGGUGACGGUCACGAGUGAGAUGGCAGUGACGGUGACGGAGGCGGCUGUAACAAUUACCGAGGCCGCAGUAGUCACAAUCACAAAGCCUGCGGAAACGAUUACGCAGGCUGCGGUAACAGUUACGGAAGCAGCGGUCACAAUCACACAGCCAGCAGCCACAGUUACAGAGGCGGCGGUCACAAUCACAGAAGCUGCAGUGACGGUUACAGAGCCCGCAAUCAUCGUCACUCAGCCCGCAGAGACAAUCACACAGGCAGCAGUGACGGUUACAGAGCCUGCAGUUACCGUGGCUCAGCCGGCGGAAACAAUUACACAGGCGGCAGCGACGGUCACAGAGCCUGCAGUAACAAUUACACAGGCCGCAGAGACAAUUACGCAGCCCGCGGUGACAGUGACAGAGACAGUAACGAUUACACAGGCUGCAGUAACAGUUACAGAACCGGCGAUUACUGUCACCCAGCCCGCUGAGACGAUCACCGAGGCAGCAGUGACGGUCACCCAGCCACCGGUAACGGUCACAGAGGCGGCGGUAACAAUUACCGAACCCGCAGUGACACUGACACAGCCUGCAGAAACAAUUACACAGCCCGCGGUGACACUCACUGAGCCUGCAGUAACAGUCACAGAGCCGGUAGUGACCAUCACCCAAGCGGCCGUAACGGUGACGGAACCUGCAGUGACGGUUACCGAGUCGCCAGUAACGGUUACUGAGCCGGCGAUCACAGUCACAGUGCCUGGCGCUGCACAGCCGCCAGUAACAGUCACGGAGGCCGCAGUAACGGUAACAGAGCCCGCAGUUACCAUCACACAGCCCGCGGUGACAAUCACGGAGCCUGCGGUUACAAUCACGCAGACUGUAUCGUCGCCUGAUGCCCCAGCACCCACCACCACCGCCGCCCCCGCCUGCGCCUACCCCACCCCCGUCCAGAACCCCAGCUUCGAAGACACCUCCUCCACCGCCUGGGGCGUCGGCUCCGGCUCCAGUGCCCUCGGCAGCAUGACCCUCGUCACCGGCGUCUACAAGAGCGGCACGCGCUCCAUGCUCUUGCGUCUCCCGCGCACCGCGCCCGCGAGCAGCACCAUCGAGCUCACGCAGACGCUCACGGUGUGCGCGGGGACCACGUACAGCUUUAGCGCGUGGUCGCAGGUGCCGGUCUCGGCGACCGCGUGCGCGGUCACGUAUUUGUUGGGCGGAACGGCGGUGGCGGCGAAAGCUGCGGGGACCCCGGCGUGGCAGCAGGCGACGGCGGCAGCGUGGAAAGCGGGGGCGGCGCAGACGACGGUGACCCUGAUGGUGAGGGUGGUGUGUACGGGGUCGGCGCCGGCGGGGAGUAAUAAGGAUUUGUAUUUGGAUGAUGUUGUGUUGACGGCGGUGUAG